AUGUCUAAACAAGCAAAGUAUCAAGCACUACCAACCUGCAUAAUUUAUGUCUUCAUCUUCCUAACCAUCCUAAAUUUGUCGACGUCACAAACUUCCCACAAUAGCUGCAUCCUUGAUAUCCAAUUAUUUCCAACAGACAUCUCAAAUUGUGAAUCAGGCAAUUGGGGUGGUUUUAUCAACAAUAAUUGUUGUAGAGAAGCAUUUGAUGACUACUUAUAUGCAAUGGGCAGGAGGCUCAACCUAACUGGAGAUAUAUUCCUGAAUUCUACAGAGCAAAAAAACUGCUUAAAUUUAAUGGAGACAUCUGACAAGGAUGUUUCAGGCUGUGGUAUUCAGAAACUAACUAGUGGAGCAGGUGGCUGUUCUGACUACAUUGUUACAGAUAUUUUUAAUAAGCUCGGAAACAGAAUGAAAAAUUUAGAUGAAGGGUGCAAGAAUUUGAGCUCAGUCCGCAGAUUAGAUCAGGCUUGUACUGCAUGUUUGAGAAGGUGGGAAGAGAUUGGUGGAUCAUCUGAUGAAGAAAUAGACUCCGCAAAGGCUGAAGCCAAUGUGUGCAGAUUUGCAGUUUUGAUGACAUUAAUAGGAAGUCGGAUAGAUGAUAAAAAAUGGGUACAAGCAGUUUUCGAUUGCCUUGCAGAGCAGCCUUUUGCGACUGGUUUUAAAGAAGGGGAAACAGAUAGUAGCAACAUCAAGGCAAACAUAGGUAAUCCCAUUAGCAGUAGUCAUGGCCACCAUGUCCGAAUUAUGAUUUGCUUUUGUCUUUGGAUUAUAAUUGGGGGUUCAGUGGGAAUUGCAGUAAUAGUAGUAAUUGCAAAAUGGAUCAUAUAUAGAAAAAGGACCGAGCAAAGUAUUUUACCAGGAAUUGAUGCGUCAGAUGAAUCACUCACUGAGGAAACUGGCUGUCUCAAGAUACCGGUUAAGGAAAUUUAUUCAGCAACAAACAGUCUCAGUGCAUCAAACUUCAUUGGCCAAGGAGUAGCUGGAAAGGUGUAUAAAGGCAUACUCUCAAAUGGUCGACAUGUUGCGGUUAAGCACAUCAUCAAAGAUGGAUAUGUAGAGACAUUUGUCAGGGAAGUUAGAAGUUUAUCCGACGUCCGACAUCCAAAUCUUGUAGCUUUGCUCGGGUUUUGUGAGGACAAAGAUGAAUGUUUCCUAGUGUAUGAGCUGUGCCAUAAUGGGAAUCUCUCAGAGUGGUUAUAUGGUAAAGAUAGAACCCUUUCAUGGAUUCAAAGACUUGAGGUUGCAAUUGAUAGUGCUAGAGGCCUAGGGUUUCUCCACACUUAUCCAGAAGGUCGCAUAGUUCACAGAGAUAUCAAGCCAACAAACAUUCUUAUUGAUGCUGACUUUCACGCAAAACUCGCGGAUUUUGGGUUAUCCAAAGUUAUGGACAUUGGCCAAUCCUAUGUGAGCUCAGAAGUGCGAGGAACAUUCGGUUAUGUUGAUCCAGAGUAUAGAAGAAACCACCAUGUAAGUGCUUCGGGAGAUGUUUACAGUUUCGGUAUGGUACUCUUGCAACUUAUUUCAGGGCAGAGGGUCAUCAAUCUGAACAUCAAUAGACCAAUGCCUCUAAAUAAAAUGGCAAAAUUCCAUAUGAGAGGUGGUAACAUAUCAGAAUUUGCUGAUCCGAAACUUAAUGGAGAGUACUCAGUCGAAGCCUUUAACCUCGUACUCGAAUUAGCUUUGUCAUGCACAGGUCUCAAGCAGCAAAGGCCGUCCAUGGAACAAGUGGUAUUAAGACUAGAAAAAGCACAUGAUGUCUCAAACACAAGUAAAAUCUCUCGCAAACCAUUCAUGGAUAGAAAUUGA